AUGGUUCUAUUUAAUCGAACGAGUCAUCUUUGUUCAUUAUUAAGUGAAAUAGAUCUUGGAAAAAAUUCAACAUUCGUCAAUUCUUCUGUAAUUUCAACAACAACAAUUAGUGUAAAUCCAUCUUGUAUCGCAAUAAUUCCUUCUAUAAGUACAACAUGGACAUGUGUCAAUACGAGUUCAACGAUAAAUAACGGUGGUAUUUUAAAAUUAUAUAUAAAACAAAAUCUGUUUGUUCCAGCUAAUAACAACGCAGAUAUAACAGCGUAUUUAGAAGCAAAUUCUCAUUUAUCUGCUGGGAAUGAUGGUGCAUUGAAAGUUUAUCUUGAAUCGAAUGCAACAUUAACAACAAUGAAUGGUAAUGCAAUGACACUCUAUUUAGGAAUCAAUUCUCAAGUAAUAUCUUCAAAUAGUGGACCUGUUACAGCUUAUUUGGAAUCAGGUGCAAAGUUAACAUUAAGUAAUUGUGGAUCUGUGAUUGCAUAUUUGAAGACGAAUAGUCAAAUAAGUUUAUCAGAUGGUGGAUCGAUCAAUGUUUAUUAUGACAAUGAUACAAUACGAACUUAUUCGAAUAAUGGAGGAAUAUCUGAAACAUUGUGUCCUUCGAUAAUAUUUGAUUAUUCCAAUAUGUCACCUAGAGGAUGUUAA